GUCUGAGGCUGCCAACCGCCUCUUCGAGAUCGCUCUGAGUCUCAACUUCCUUCCAUCACUAUCCACUCCCACCACCUCACCCAAAUUAAUCGUGGCUUUGUGGAUUCCACAUUUUUUGUGAGCUCUUCGUGAAAAUGAAGAUUCUUCACAAAUCAAAGAGGGCAGUGCCGCCGCCGCCUCCUGUAGCAGAACUUAUCGCCAAGCUUCAGAACACGCCAAACGACGAACUUCCCAAGACAUUAGGAGAUAUUGUUGUCUGGAAGUGGCAGCGUUCGGACCUGAACGCUUGGAUAAAGGUCUUGAACAAGUUUGACGCCAUUUUGGAGGAGUUAAUUCGCGAUUACACCAUUGACAAACUUCAGAUAUCGCCUUUCACGAUAGAGAGCCGCAGUCUGCUCACAGAGAUAUUGAGGUUUGAGCGCUUGCUGUUAGAGAAUUCGACGAACCGAAAGAUGUUUAACUCUUACGAUCGCCUCAACAGUCUCCUUUUUACGUCUGAUCUUGAUAUCCUUAUCCUCACUCUCAAGCUGGUGCUGCGUCCGUCACAACAGUAUUCAGCCCAGCCAUCUGUUUCACAAGCGCUCAAUAUUUCCACGCCACGACUCCAGUCACUUGCAAAGCGCUGGCCUCACCUCAGGGAGUAUGGUGUAGGUCUCGUCGACCUCUCAGUCGGCAAUGAUACUUCAGACGUUGAAGCUCUUCCCGUCGAGGCCAGGAAAGUCCAUUUCACGUAUUACAGAACCGAUGCCGGCUCCGGCAGCGAUAAGGCGAAGGGUAUGGAUACAGACGUUCCCGAAGCAUCUAGCUCGCAGCCGAAGACGGCGCCUCCUGGCGCCGUCAGCAUUCACAUUGAUGAGUCAACAUUACAGUCCAAGUCGGAGAUGGAGAUUUUGGCUGAUACGAUUGAGAAAUAUUCGGUACCGGAUUCCGAAAAAUUCGAGCUGCUCUGCCGGAUUCGUGCUGCUGUGGUGUUGAGGAAGGGGAAGGAAGACGACAGAGAGAAAUUAGUGAUCAUCCGACUCUUGGCUAUAGCCAUCUUUGGCCAUACACAUCCUGAAGCUCAAGCAACGUCCUCCAUCUUUCUUUACGAGCCCGACUUGAUCACUCAUGUUGCUGAAUUACUCCAAGCUGACAAGGGCAUCCCUAUCGCUGUUCAGACAGCCGCUAUAUCUGCACUUGACGCGCUUGCGAGAUACCGAUCAAAGAUCCAAGAAGUCCUCACAUCAGUGAAUGCCGGUGUCAACCAUGGCAUUCUGAUGGGUCUAUUGCGCAAGACCGUGGGCGACAUUGCCAACCCAGGAUCGUCCGUUCCGAAUUCAUUCGCGGAAGCCUUGUUGUCUUUUGUAACCUUUAUCGCUUCUCAUGCAUCUGGAGGCAAUAUGGUCGUAGGUGCUGGUCUUAUCCCUCUCCUCAUCCAGAUUUUGGAAAACAGGAUUCCGGAUCGGCUGUCUGUUUUGUCGAAGACGAUGCAAUUGGUCGAUAACGUGCUGUAUAGCUUCACCAAUGCUUUCAACCUUUUCUGCACGUCGCGUGGCGUUGAUACUCUGGUUGAGAGAAUCGAGUUUGAGAUCUCGUUCAACGUCAAGGAACACGGAGAUCAUCAGAAGUCUCGGGAAAUAUAUGGAUCCCACAGUGAAAUACCAGUUGCGCGCGCUGCAGUUCUUAAACAUAUUCUACGAUCAAUGCAUCGUAUGAUGCAAUCCUCUGGAACAUCAGAAGGUCUCCGGGGGUUAAUUGAUACCUCCAUCCUGAAGUCCAUCAAGAAAAUAAUUGAAUAUCGCGGCCUCUUUGGUGCAAGUGUUCUGCCCAUAGCGAUCAAUAUCAUGGCAACCUUUGUCCAUAAUGAACCGACAUCUCUUGCUGUGAUUCAGGAAGCUGGUUUGCCUGAGGCUUUCUAUAAGGCCAUCGAACUAGGGUUGGAGCCGGCCAUCGAGGUCAUACAAGCUAUCCCUAAUGCAAUCGGUGCUCUUUGCCUCAAUGAAGUGGGUCAAGCUCAACUCACAGCGAGGCCGAGCAUCAUACCUUCCAUAUUCUCCAUAUUCACCUCUGACCGACAUUUGAAAGUCCUCCUUGAGAAAGAAAACGCUGUCCUCAUAGGUACUGCAAUCGAUGAACUAGUUCGACAUCACCCUCUUCUUAAGGGUCCAGUCUUCGAUUCUCUCAGGGCUACGCUGAGCAAGAUCGAGAACCUGGGAAAUGCCUUCGAGCCACCGGAGGAGGUGAAACAGUGGUAUAAACUUGUUGCUGUGUCGACUGUGACGCCAUCAUCAGAUGAAGAUGUUACAAUGGAGGAUGUUCAAAUUGGUGGCCAGGCAUCUAUUCCUGCACCAAGAACGGCUGAGGACAAGAAACUAAGCGAAGAAGGUGUCCAAAAGGCGCAUGAUAAUCAUAUCGUGUCGUUUAUCGACGUCUUGGGCCGCUUUCUUGAAGGACUUUUCCAGCAUACGCCACAUUGCAGAGACUUUAUUUCCUCCACUGAUGGUCUCGCCAGCUUGGGUAGACUAACGGCUCUCCCUUGCCUUCCGUACGAUUUCGCCAACAGCCUUGCAUCAGAUUCUAUGGUUCAGGUCAUGCGUACAAUGACUGAAGUAGCAACAAGCGAGACUCUUCUCCACUUGGCGAAACUAGUUAAAGAGUCCCUAGAAUUGACCCAGAACUUUUGGGGCGCUUUGGAAGACAAAUCUAAACUUUUACAGUUUGUUGAGCUCGCAAGUGAAGAAGAAGUAAACGCCAAUUAUUAUUUCCGAAACUUGGUGACUUUGCACGUCCGUAUUACCCUUUUGUCAGAUGUUUUUGCAACUGCUGGAUAUGCGCACGGACGUGCCGCCAUCGGCCUUCUUCAGACGCUCAUGAGUAGUACUGCUCCUCAAGUCGUGAAAGAUCUCGGAGCUCUUCACAGGACCAGCAUUUGGGAGAACAUUGUUUUGAAAGUCGGUCUUGCAGCAAAGGGCAUUGAUGUUUUGCAAACACCCACAUUGUCGCCUUUGGAGAGGUCUCCCGAUCAAACUGCCAUCGGCUUACCUGAUACGGCAGGACCAGCACCCUCUGCUGGUACAAAUGGCACCGUUGAUGAUGCACAAUCCGGUGUUCCGCCUUCCAGUGUUAGCAAAGAACCCGAGAUUCCUAAAGCCGGCAGCCCUAGAGAGCAAAAUGCGACGGCGCUGAAGCAUUUGACUCACGGGUUACCGAGUUCUCUAGCUCCAUUUUUCCAAGCUAUGGUUAAGAUGUUCCAUGCUCGAAGGACGCCGGACCCUGCGCAGAGGAAGCAGAUGGCGGAAUCAUCUGCCGUGGUUGCUGACAUUUUGCUGAAGCAUUUGAACGUCGAGAAUCUUGGUGAUAAAACUUCAACAUUCGCGUACUACGCUAUCAUUCUUGGUUUAAUGACGAUGCUUCUUGUCGAUGAACGUACCACCACAAGCACUUUACACACCGUUCAAGUUCUUGCUUUAUACCGUGCGGGGGGUCUUGAAGCCGUCUUUGAAGUAUGCCGAUCCUUCACCUCAUCUAUCGAAUCCAUUGCGCCGAUCAGAGAGGAGGCUCGGUCAGAAGCAGAGGCAAGUGAAUUGUCUCAUGCCUAUGGUGGGCUCAAAGUAGCACUCCAUCUGCUGCAUCCCCUCAUCUCCUCGAAGCCUCUCUUCGAUUCUGGACAAACCGCUCUCCUCGUGAGUCGCGAUGUCAGGGAAAGUGAACCAGAAUAUUUCGAGCCCCAUAACUUCCUUGUUCGGCUACGGACUGCCUGUCUGCCAUUCCUACGUGGUGUCUGGGAAGCCCCUUGGCUCAUUCAGGCGCCCCUCUUCGUUAGCAGAUUUGUGGUUCAGUCCGUCUUGGAGCUCAUCAAUGGUGACAACGAGGAGACUAAGGGAGAAUCCGAAUUGGGCUCACUUCCCACUGGAAUCACGCGCGCAUCAGGACUCGACGAAAAUCGCAUUCGUCAACUGACUGAUAUGGGUUUCCCUCGAUCUGCUGCCGAGCGUGCAUUGACCCGUACACAUAACAAUGUCAAUGCUGCAACAGAGUUGCUUCUAGCGCAUCCGUUCCCUUUUCCGCCCGAUCCAGAGCCAGCCACACGACCUGCUUCCUCCGAGGCCCUUGCUCCUCUGGCUCAGUCGGACGAUAGCAAUGCGGCGCCGGAGUCGUCUGAUGCAGCCUCCACUCCUCUCCCUGAAACGCCAACGGGGAAAAUGAAUGAGGACUGGCAAAAGGAAUUGAACGAGGCCAGAGAGCCUCUGAAGGCUGGUAUCAGUCGACAAGCUUUGUUGCUCGUUGAUGAGCAUCUCUCACUCAUUUUCGAUCUACACGUUGCCUUCAUAAGGCCGUCGAGUGUGCAUCAACGAAAAGCUGUUCAGGAUCUUGUUGAUGAUAUCAAAUCGUUCUCUCCAUACGCGUACGACGUACAGGAGCAACCGCUCGCAAACCGAUGCCGACUGCUUGCACUCGUGCUCUGCGAGACGCCUUCAUCAUUGAAUCCCGAACUACGAGCGGCAUUAAUGGACAGUCUCUUGGCUUUGCUGCUGUCUAAUCCUGUCAGCAUUAAUCCAGAUCACCCAUCCAUUCCUCGGUGGCUUGCUGCCCAUCUACUUGUCACUGAGGCAUUGUUCACUCUGGCUGAUGAACCUCGAAGUAUCACUGUUCCCAAAGAAGGUGAGCCUGUCGUCCCGGAGCCUGUCUCGACAGGCCCUCCUCUGACGGAAGCCCGGACCAUUGUGUUCGAUUUCUGUCUGCGACUACUCGCCAUUCCUGAUCUCCCAAGUGAUGAGUUACUUUCGACUCUGCGUCUCCUUGUCCUGUUGACUCGCGACCAUACGGUGGCUUCGCACUUCGUGAGUCGCGAUGGACUUGACAUGCUUUUCCGGAGGCUCCGGACGUCUGCUGUUAACGGGAGUUCCUCUUAUAUCGCAACCAUUCUUCGUCACCUCGUUGAAGACGUUUCGGUCGUCAACAAGAUCAUGCAUCAGUCCAUCAAGCGUUACUUUACUCAGCUUCGUGGGCGGCCCUCAGAACCUUCCACAUAUGUCCGCAAUUGCAGCGCAAUGGCGCUUAGGAACUCAGAGCUUUUCAUUGAAGCGACCAAGUCUUUAUGUCAACUAGAAUCGCCUUACUCCUCCAACCCACAUCUGUCCUUGCGGAGUGAAGUCGCUGACGAUAAAGCCACGGCCAAUGUUGAUGCUGACAUGCAAGUAGAUGGGCCAGCCGCCGCAGUAAAGUCUUCUGAUUCUGCUGCUGCGACAAUGCAUUUUCUUAUUGGGGAACUCAUGGCUACAUGUCGAACGGCAGCAGAGAAGGAAGAGGUCGACGGCCAAAAGGCGAGCGAUGGCACAGACGCGGAGCUCUCAGGCUCGGACGUCAAGGACAAAACACAAUACAUGUGUUUUCUUAUGCAAUGUCUGACCGAAUUGCUCUUUUCUUACGAUGCCUGCAAGUCUGCCUUUUUAUCUUAUUCCCCCAAGAAGUCCCGAUCCCACGGAAAAGAGACUGUCAAUAAGUCACGGACGAUGACGCUUCACUUCUUCCUUUCUGAUCUCGUCGCAUAUGAGACUAUCAAUCCCCAACCAGAUACAGAUUGUCGCCGGCGUAUGCAAGUAUGCAAUUGGGCCAUGUCUGUUUUGGUGGCGUUAUGUAUUGAUAGUUCAUCCACGUACGAACCGAAGGAUGUCCCUUCUUUACUUGUCUCCGUCAGGAAGACCGUUCUCGAUGCGAUUGGCAAAUCCAUCAAGGACCUUCCAGUUUCCGACAGCUUGGAAGCUCGAUAUGGCCGACUGCUAGCACUAGCUGACCUCUGCCAUCGCCUGUUGACUGUUCGUUUUAACAAUUCCUCUUCGAGGAAGCAGCAUGACGAAGGACCAACCCAUGUGGCCAAGGUCAUGCUCGAGAAGAAUUUCGUCUCAACCCUUACGAGUGCGCUUUCAGAAGUCGAUCUCAACUACCCCAAUGUACGCGGCCUAGUCAUAUCCAUUCUACGUCCCUUGGAGCAGCUUACCAAAAUUGCCAUCAAGAUGAGCAGAACAACAAGUAAAGGUAGAGAUGUUAUUGACGAGACGAAGGCGGAGAGUGUUGUAUCCAUGGACUCUGAUGACUCUGAAGAACCUGAAGAAACACGCGAAGAGACUCCAGAUCUGUACAGAAACUCUGCGCUGGGUAUCUAUGGCGGUGAAAUGGAGGAUGUGCAUUUCAACGGGGAGGAUGAUAUGCAUGAAGAUGACGAUGACGACGAUGACGACGACGAAGAGAUGGAUUUCGCUGACGAGACUGGAAGUGAAGAUACAUCAAACACCGCUGAUGAGGGUGACGACGAUGAUCUUGAAGAACAAGUCCCGCGUGGCGAUGGUUGGGAGCCAGAUGAAGAGGAGGACGAGGAAGAUCUGGUGCACAAUGAAGAUGAGGACGACAAUGAUGAGGAAGACGAAGAUGAAGACCACCGAGGGGACGGCAUUGAAGGGGCAGAAGGGGACGAAGAAAUGAUAUGGCAGGAUAUUCACGGUGUGAAUCCUGAUAACGGUGGCGAUGAUGGCGACGACGAGGAUGAAGUAGCCGGACCCAUCCAAAUCAUACAUGAAGAUGACGAAGACGAGCCCGAGAUGGUUUCGGAUGAUGAGGAAUUUGGUCAAGAGAUGGAACUUGAAGGUCACGACUUCGUUGGAGACAUCUUUGGGUUCUCCGACAACAUCAAUGAUGGUGCAGGCGUAUUCGUACCUAGGCGACAUCGAAGUUCAGCCGAUGACAACGUUCAAGUAUUUGGACGCGCCCGUAGUGGUGCUGCACCUCCGCCUGAGGCAACUACUCAUCCUCUUCUCCUGGACGCUUCGACUGGGAAUCGUUCUUUGACUUCACAAUCCCGUCUUUCACGACAGCAACCUCGGAUCAUCUCGGAUGGCAACAGUGAACUUUUGCAAACCAUCGAGCAGCUUGUUGGUGGCGGUGCUGUACAGCUUUUCCAUCACAUUAUGACUCGCGGCCGCGGAGGAGGCGGUCCCGAAACCAUACGGCUAGAUGUUCCAUCUGGAACUCUAAUGAACUUGGAUAGAGGUUACCUUCAGCGCCGACCGGGACCGGUCAUUUCCGCCUCCGUGCGAGUAGAGCGAGGCUCACGAUCGAAUCAUGGGAACGCUAGGGAUCUGGACCCUCUGCUGACAUUGCAACGGUGGACAGAGGAGGUCAAAAUCCUUCAUGGUGAAUUUGUCGCUGAAAGAGUAGGGAAGCUCGCGAACCAUAUCUUCUUGGCACUCCUUCCCGCAGCAAUUGAAUCUGCCAAACAGGCAAAGAUUCGGGAAGAGGCAUUGACUCGUGAACGAGAAGCGCAAGCCAAUGCAGAGGCUGCUGAUAAGGAGGCAAAAGAAGAGCAGACUGCAAAAGAAGAAGCGGGAACACAAACGACGCUUUCGCAAUCUCAAUCCAUUUCACAGGAGCUUUUACAGAGUAUUUCCGUCUCGGCUGCUGUUCAAGAAGACCAUCCAAUGGAUGAUGCGAACCCCACCAUCGAUACGGAUACCGAAAUGAUUGAUGGGACUACCCAGACUCCUGCUCCAGCAGUCGAAAGCGAGCCUUCUUCUGCUCCUAACUCUGAAUCGAAUGCAGGUCCAGGACACGCUUCAAGCAGUCAAGCGGAGGCACCAACUCGUGUAACUGUUUUGAUCAACGGGAAUGUUGUGGACAUCACCGAUACGGGCAUCGAUCCUACAUUUUUGGAAGCUUUACCAGAUGAUAUGCGAGAAGAAGUACUCAAUCAGCAUGUCCGUGAUCAGCGCGCAGCAAGAAUUGAGAGACCUCCGGACUCUCAAAUCAGUGUAGAGUUCCUAGACGCGCUACCUCCGGAAUUACGGGCAGAGAUCAUCCAGCAGGAGGCGGUAGAGAGAUCGCGCCGACGGGCUGAGGACGCUGAACCGCAAGACGUCGGUCCAGGACCAGUAGAUAUCGAUCCUGCUAGCUUCAUCGCCAGUCUGGAUCCCACACUUCGUCAAGCCAUUCUAUUGGACCAAGACGACGGUUUCAUUCAAUCUCUGCCAUCGCACAUGAUUGCCGAAGCUGGUGUAUAUCGUGAUCACCAACCUCGAAGGUUUCAUAUAGGAGCUAACUCUUCUCUUCGCCCUACAUCGGGUUCCUCUGCGCCUCGAAAGUUUUCCCCGCAGCAUGAUGCCAUCCAGCUGCUCGACAGGCAAGGCAUUGCCAUUCUUGUGCGAUUGCUAUUUUUCCCGCACGUUCUUAGAAAGAGUCUCCUGUUCAAGGUUCUAGUAAAUCUUUGCGAAAAUUCCAAAACUCGCACGGAGCUUUUCAACCUUCUCUUGAAUAUUCUUCAAGAUGGAACAGGAGAUCUCAGUGCCGUCGACAAGAGCUUUGCACAAAUGUCCUUCCGCAAUUCGAAGCCGCAGAGAGCCCUUGGAAAGCAAAAAUCAGGAUCCGAUUUCGUAACAGCCCUCACCCUCCCUAAUGUCCCCAGCGAGGCCAUUCCCGACCUCAUUGCGCAGCGUUGCCUCGACGCACUGGUAUAUAUCGUAACUGCCAACCAAAUGGCAUCUUUGUUCUUCCUGACUGAACACGAAGUACCGGCAGGUCUUCGGAGGGCAGCCUCAAAAAAAGGGAAAGGAAAGGAGAAACAGAUGCCACAAAGUCACUACCCCAUUGUGCUCCUCCUUGGCUUACUUGAUAGGCAGUCUCUACUUCGUACUCCGUCCAUCGUGGAGUCGGUAGUGGGCCUUCUUGCAACAGUAACGCGACCUCUCACCAGUAUCAAGGACAAUAAGAAGCUUCCUGAUUCUGAUCCUUCGUCUGCAGAAUCGCAAGGCCAGUCCUCACAGUCCCAACUCCCUGAGACCGUGGAAGGUAGUGCUGUUGCUCUGGAGGCUACUAAUCCCACUGGAACUAGUGACAUCAUUCCAGAACCGUCAGCGUCGACAGGCGCAAUCAAGGACAAGAACCUCUCCAUCGAGGCGGUUGAAGAGAAAAUUCUCGUUGCGAACCCCCCACAGAUACCCCAUGGCGUCCUUCGCUUCAUUGUCAACAUUCUCACUGUUGGCGAAUGCUCUGCUCGAACUUUCCAGCAGAGUUUGGCCCUCAUUCAGCAUCUAUCCAACAUACCUGAUGCCCGUGAUGUUAUUGCACAAGAACUGAGGUCAAAAGCUCAAGAGUUCGGACAAAGUCUCCUGGACGACCUCGAUGAACUUGUCACUGCACUAUUGAGCGCUCAAGGCGACGUCUUGAUCAGUUCCGUGGCGUCCAAGUUUUCUGCCCCAUCAUCGACACAGGCCAAGCUUCUUCGCGUUCUUAAGACCAUUGAUUACAUGUAUUCUCCCAGGCCAUCCGCUGCCAAUGAAGGCCACAACGACACCGAGAAGGUUCAAAGCAUCUAUGAGUCCUUCCGGUUUACACCUCUCUGGAAACGGUUGGGAGAUUGUUUGGCCGUCAUUGAAGAGAAGUCAGAUAUGGAACAUGUGGCAACUGUUCUUCUGCCUCUCAUUGAGGCUUUGAUGGUUGUUUGCAAGUAUGUUGGUCCUAAGGCGUCCUCUUCUGGUGUUGCUCGAGCACUACGUGCAACAUCCUCUCCAAAGAGUCCCACUACACCGUCGGAAGCCAUGGAGGACCUCUUCGUCACCUUCACUGAUGCGCACCGCAAAGUGCUCAAUGUCAUGGUUCGCAAUAACCCAUCAUUGAUGAGUGGCUCUUUCUCCCUUCUUGUCCACAACCCCCGCGUCCUUGAUUUCGACAAUAAGCGUAACUACUUCUCGCAGCAGCUGCAUCGUCGUCCUCAUACGCGAGAUCAUCAUAGUACGCUACAGCUCAAUGUUCGUCGGGCACGUGUGUUUGAAGACAGUUUCCAGCAUUUGCAAAGGAAGACCGGAGACCAGAUCAAGUAUGGGAAACUGAGCAUCCGGUUCUAUGAUGAGGAGGGUGUUGAUGCCGGAGGACUUACGCGAGAAUGGUUUCAAAUUCUCGCUCGUCAGAUGUUUGAUCCCAAUAAUGCACUCUUCCAGCCCUGUGCUGCCGACAAACUUACCUAUCAACCCAAUAAGAAUUCUUGGGUCAACCCGGAGCAUCUGUCCUUCUUCAAGUUCGUAGGACGGGUCAUCGGGAAAGCUAUCUACGAUGGCCGAUUGCUCGAUGCGUAUUUUGCAAGGAGCCUAUACAGACAGCUUCUCGGCAAGCCAGUAGACUACAAAGAUGUUGAGUGGGUGGAUCCAGAGUAUUACAACUCACUGUGCUGGAUUCUGGAGAACGAUCCUACACUCCUUGAGCUGACGUUCAGCGUCGAGGCUGAUGAGUUCGGCGUCAAUCGCAUUGUUCCUUUGAAGGAGGAUGGUGAAGGUAUACCGGUGACACAAGAGAACAAGCGGGAGUUUGUCCAACUCUCUGCCCAAUACCGGCUAUAUUCAUCUAUCAAAGAUCAGAUUGAGCAUCUCUUAAACGGCUUCUACGAAAUCAUCCCGAAGGAUCUGGUCACUAUCUUCAACGAGCAAGAACUGGAGCUUCUCAUUUCAGGAACUCCUGACAUCGAUGUUGAUGAAUGGAGAGCUGCGACGGAAUACAAUGGAUACACAAGCUCCGAUCCUAAUAUUGUUUGGUGGUGGCGAGCUCUUAAGUCGUUCAACCGGGACGAGCGCGCCAAGGUCCUCAGCUUUGCAACCGGGACAUCAAGAGUUCCACUCAACGGGUUCAACGAUCUCCAAGGGGUGCAAGGGGUUCAAAAGUUCUCGAUCCAUCGUGCAUACGGGGAAUCAGACCGGCUGCCGCAGGCGCACACGUGCUUUAACCAGAUUGAUCUUCCUCAGUACUCAUCGUACGAGAUGCUUCGACAACAAGUGCUACUGGCAAUCAGUGAAGGAGGCGAAGGAUUCGGAUUUGUAUAAUGUUUAAACACGACGAAAAAAAUAAAAGCAGAUAUUAUUACUCACCAUCCUGUAGCUCAUUCAUCCCAUUGUAUAUACACACUCGCAUUGUUCAAUGUAACGCUUUCUAUCGACGCUUUCUCUUCCCUGCGACGGCUGUUACUCUUUUCCCUUGUUUCCGAACGUCGGUUAUUACGAAUACCGAGUAGAUGAUGACAUACCCCGCUUUGCGUCUUCUAUGA